GAGCAUUGCGGCCGAGCUGCUUUCUAGAGGCUGCGUCGGCCAAUCAGGGUAGGCGAUACCCGGAUGUGAGGUCAGGGGCUGGACGGGAAGCUGUGUGAAGGAGCUAUGGAGACGGCGGGAGAAAGAGAGAGGGUCCAGCCGGUAAGGGAGCCGGAGACAGACGCUUCUCAUGAGAGGGAUGGCUUGGCGGUGUCUGCCAGUACCAAGCAGGAUGAUUCUGAAGCAGAAGCCGCUGGGGAUAAUAAAAAUGCAACACAAGUGAAUGUGACCCUCAAUGAGGAUGACAAGGUAGAGGCUGAGAAGGAGAGUGUCACGUUUUCCCCUGUGGCGAGGGGCUUGUCAGGCCAUGCCUCCAAGUCCCUCCCCACGCCUCCUUCCUCCUCUUCCUCCCCGGUCACCAGCAGAGCCAAGAUGUCCCUUACUGGGACGGGGAAGCUCCCUCACGCUGCGCAGAGCUUGGCCAUGAGGCUACUGAGUAUAACCAGGGAAGGAGGAGACAAAGUGCAUCGCGCCAGGAAGACCAUUCCCCGGGCAGGCAAUGUGGCGGGUGAAGGUGCCUUCACUGCAGAUGGAGUGAGACGAGAGGCUGAGACAGAGAAGCGAGACAGUCCAGACUCCACUCAGAAGAGGUCCGGUUCCUCUGAAGGGAAAGAAGCUUUGGCUAAUAGAUCGAUUGAGGGCACUUCACAACCCCUCUCUCCUGCUCCUGGUUCCUCGCGUGGCCAAGGUGGGGCUGAAACCGAAGACUGGGAGCCCGAGGUCGGGACAGAAUUCAGCCUCUUCUAUGAUAGCCUGUCCCUUGAGGAGCAAGGUGACAGUGACAGCAAGGAGGAGGAAGAGGAGGAAGAAGAGGAAGGAUCUGGCAAUCAGUCUGAAAGGAGCUCAAGCAGUUUGAAGAAAAAGAAUAAGAAAAAAUGGAAGAUGGAUAAGGCCUGGCUGAAGCCAACUAGGAAGCGGAAAAGGCGAGAGAGAGAGAAGCCAGGCACAGCUGUCAGCUCUGCUGGGGGAUCGCACAGUGAAUACACAGAAGUACCUCUUGGAGCUCUGGAUCUACCCAAUGAAGGGACGCUUUCCCCCAAUCACACAGGUGUCUGUAAUGAGUCCAGCUCCAUGGACACUGAGCGGUUUGAGGAGCUACCUCUUUGCAGCUGCCGCAUGGAGGCUCCGAGCGUCGACAGAGUCUGCGAGCAGGCCAAUAAUGUUUGUAUGGCCACGGAGAGUGUGGAUGGAGAGCUGAGCGGAUGCAGCGUUGUUAUAACCAAGCGGGAGACAAUGCGGCCAUCGAGUCGAGUUCCCCUCAUGGUGCUUUGUGAGAAUCACCGUGCCAGUAUGGUAAAACAUCACUGCUGCCCAGGCUGCGGUCAUUUCUGUACCAGCGGAACGUUUCUGGAAUGCCAUCCUGAUUUCCGGAUUAACCACCGCUUCCACAAGGCUUGCGUCUCCCCCCUGAAUGGGAUUAUUUUCUGCCCUCACUGUGGAGAGGAUGCAUCAGAAGCUGAGCAAAUCACAAUAGCGAAGGCAGAUAUCCCUGUUCCAGUCCCUGCCCCGUCCAACCACGAUGGCGGAGGCCUGGGCAGGGCAGACACAACCCAGCCUAGCGCUCGGAUGCGUGGAGUGGGGGACGGAAAACGCGCAGUCUCAGAAGACUCCACGGUGAAUGGGAGCGAACAAGGUCCUUGCAUCAUUCUGCCGUCAGGGGCAUCUCUCAGUACCAUAGGGUUACCGCCGGGACCUGCCCGAGACGCCCUGCAAAAAGCUUUAACGUCCCAGGAAACAGACAGCUUAUCUCAACAGAAGAGAGACCGCAGGAAGAAGAUUCGCUAUAACUCUCGUCAGCUGUACCUGUCUGUGAAGCAAGGAGAGCUACAGAAAGUCUUACUCAUGCUCAUGGAUAAUCAGGAUGCCAACUUCCUGAACGAUCAGCAGUUAAAGAGAAGUUCUCUCCACGCUGCUGCGCAAAAGGGUAGCUUAGAGAUGGUCCACAUUUUAGUCCAGGCCGGGGCCAACUUUAAUGCCACCGACAAAGUUCUUCGAACCCCUCUCCUAGAAGCCAUUGUGAAUAACCACCUGGAUGUUGCGAAAUACCUAGUUCAGUGUGGAGCAUGCGUAUACCACCAGUUGAAAGUUGCCAAACCCCAUAACAGUCAAUUAAGUGUGGAAUCUGCUGAAAACAGAACGAUCGAGGAAGAGGAUGGAUCCACCUGCCUGCAUCACGCGGCCAAGAGCGGCAACCUGGAGAUGCUGAACUACUUGCUGUCUACGGGGCAAGUGAAUGUGAAUGCCCAGGAUAACGGUGGCUGGACCCCCAUCAUCUGGGCAGCAGAGCACCGACAUAUCGAAGUGAUCCGCAUGCUGCUGAACCGCGGAGCCGAUGUUACCCUGCAGGACAACGAGAAGAACAUUUGCCUGCACUGGGCGUCCUUCACGGGCAGCGCCGACAUCGCUGAGGUUUUGCUCAAUGCCCAGUGCGACAUCCACGCCGUCAACUUCCACGGAGACACUCCGCUGCACAUCGCGUCGCGAGAAGGCUUCAUCCAAUGUGUCAAUCUGUUCCUGUCUCGGGGGGCUGACACAGAAAUUCGGAACAACGAGGGCGACACGCCGUGUGACCUGACCCUCGAGCAGACCGAUGUCUGGUACGCCUUGCAGCUGAACCGAAAGAUCCGCCAAGGGAUCAGCAACCGAGCCGUGCGGACAGAGAGGAUAAUCAGCAGGGACAUCGCGCAUGGCUACGAACCGGUCCCCAUCCCCUGCGUUAAUGGAGUGGACGAGGAGUUAACGCCAGACGACUAUAAGUAUGUGUCAGAGAACUGUGAAACGUCGGCUAUGAGCAUCGAUCGCAACAUAACCCACCUGCAGAACUGCAGCUGUCUGGAUGAUUGCUCCUCUAGCAACUGCCUGUGCGGGCAGCUCAGCAUCCGCUGCUGGUAUGACAAGGAUGGACGCCUUCUUCAAGAAUUCAAUAAGAUCGAGCCGCCGCUCAUCUUUGAGUGCAAUCAGGCGUGUGCCUGCUGGCAGACCUGCAAAAACCGAGUGGUACAGCGUGGCAUUAAGGUCCGGCUCCAGUUGUAUCGCACGGCUAAGAUGGGUUGGGGCGUCAGAGCUCUUCAGGCCAUUCCGCAAGGAACCUUCAUCUGCGAGUACGUGGGGGAGCUGAUUUCGGAUGCAGAAGCUGAUGUGAGAGAAGACGAUUCUUAUUUAUUUGAUCUAGACAACAAGGAUGGGGAAGUGUACUGCAUCGACGCGCGUUACUACGGCAACGUCAGCCGUUUCAUUAACCAUCUCUGCGAGCCCAACCUGAUCCCCGUGCGAGUCUUCAUGUCCCAUCAGGACCUGCGCUUCCCUCGCAUCGCCUUCUUCAGCGGCAGGGAUAUCCGAGCCGGGGAGGAGCUGGGAUUUGAUUACGGCGACCGCUUCUGGGAUAUUAAGAGUAAAUACUUCACGUGCCAGUGCGGGUCGGAGAGGUGCAAACAUUCGGCUGAAGCCAUCGCCCUGGAGCAGAGCCGCCUCGCCCGCCUGGAGGUCCCUGACUCUGUGCCUGCGCCGGCACCGGCCCCUCAGCCGGUGUGACGCUCGCCCGGCCGCCUGCCUCUCGCCGUUAACCCGUCACCCGCCGGGCUCCCUGUGGCUCCGUUAGUCCCUCCGGCCAGAUGCGGCUCCGUUCUGUUAACCCUUUCUUUGUCGGAGACACAGCCAAUCCGUCGCUUUUCGUCUUUUUCCUGAGCCUGUGGAGCAUCGGUUUGUUUUACCUUCUCCCUUCCUGAUCGUCGUCUUGUAAAGCACCCUGUCCUACAACUGAAAAUAAAGUCCUUCGUUCUUUUUA